UGUGAUGCCACAAAGGUCCCCAUUUAACAUUUGAUUGCAAGCUCCAGUGACGCCAGUUUUGCAGUCCAGGGCAUCCCUUAUUUGCAGAGUCGGUGUGUGCUGUGUAGCCAACAGCACAGAGUCGUCCAGAAAAGUGUGAAGAAGAACCCAGUGUUUCUGAACUGAGAGAAAGAAGCGCGGAAUUUCUUUUCCUCUGAAGGCGAGGGAACUACAACCCCCAUAAUUCCACGCGUGCAGGAUCCCAGGCGUGUUGGAUGCAGCUGCUGAAAAGGAAAAAAAAAACCCAGAAAAUAAAUAGCAGCAGAGACAGGGAGAACGAGGCUUUAGUUGGAUUAGUGAAUGUAUAAUGUGCAAGUCGUGCAGCUGCUGACACCAUGGCUGUGGAAGUUCAUUGCAGUCGAAACUCAAAUGAUAUCGAUCAUCCUGCCUGCACGGACAACAUCAACUUAAAUCUCAAGGGGGAGAAUAGCGACUCGACCUUUGCUAAGGACACGUCAAAAGUUCCAGAGCCCAAGGGAACUCCCGGGAAGCUGCAGACAGAGCCAGAUACACCCAAGCCCAAUAUUGUGAAAUUAACAAAGCCGGUGGCAUUUUGGACUCAGCACGAUGUGUGCAAAUGGCUAAGGAAGCAUUGUCCAAACCAGUAUCAACUCUACAGCGACUCUUUCAAAGAACAUGAUAUUACAGGUCGUGCUCUGCUGAGACUGACAGAGAAAAAGCUGGAGCGAAUGGGUAUCACCCAGGAGAGUCAACGGCAGCAUGUCCUUCAGCAAGUCCUCCACCUGAAAGUCCGAGAAGAAGUCCGGAACCUCCAGCUGCUUACACAGAGUUCCAGUGAAACCUCACCAUAGAAGAAUGACCACAAGCUGCUACUCCAUCUUCUCUUGAGGAAAGGAUUGCACGUGUCCAGAACUUCCAGAAACAAAUGAAUGUAUUGCGGAAACGUCAUCGACUCAACAAGAGGAAAACAGCAGCAAACCAUUAAGCCAUGAUUUACAAUUGCUGUUGCCCUGUGUUGCCGUUGUUGAUGAUUUUACUGGGAAUUUUCUCUGUCCAUAACAAACUCUAUUACUAAAAGGACUCCCGCAUUUUUGCAUCAGAAAAUAUAGCUACUAAUCACAAUAUAAAUAAUUUUCAAUUAAGCACUUUAUAUGGUGUAUAUGGGGGACAUGAUACUUAUUCUGGGAGGCUUCCUCUUUUUUAUGUAUUAUAUAUAAACUUCUCUUCAUACAAAA